AUGUCCAACGAGCAAUACUUCAACGACGCCGGCCCCGGCCAGAAGCACAGCGACAUGUGCCACUACUCCCAGGCCUUCGUCUUCGGCGACGUCGCCAAAUGCGCCGGCCAGGGCGGAUGGGACAAGACGGGCAAAAUGGACGCCAACGACGUGGCAGGCCAGGUCGAGCUCACGUUUGAGAACGUCGACCGCGUUCUGCAGGCCGCCGGCUUGCGCGUCUGGGAGGACGUGUACCUUAUACGCACAUACCACGUCAACAUUGGCGCGUCCUUUGACUUGACGAUUGAGAUUGAGAUUGAGAUUGAGGUUGAGGUGAGGAAGCAGUCGGCUUAA